AUGUCGAGCAUGUCGAGCAUCCCGCACGAGGAGCUGCCCAUCCUCGAGGCGCUCAUCAACAUCCGAAACAGGCUCACCGCAUUGAAAAAGGACAGCUCCGAGUUCAUUCGAUCUCACGACGUUCAACAGCUCUAUCAACAAGUCAUCAAACAGGUGACCAAGCUCAACGCCGUACGAGACGAACAGCAGGCCAACGCACAGGCAACAUCCACCGCCAGCUCCACCUCGGAUCACCACGAGCAAGCCGAUCCAUCCGAUGCCAACGCCACAGACGAUUCGCCCGUCCUCCAGCACAAUCGAGUCGAUACAACGCUCAACGACGUCUUUUCUCUUCUUAGUCUCUUCUUCCUCACCAUCGGACGCAGCCGAGAGUCUCCUGCCACCUUUUCUCAGCUAAGCUGUAUGAAACAAUUGCUCGAUCAUCUGCAGGAGUCCGGUAUCUACACCGAAGCCGACCUGCAACCUUUCGGCUCGCGUCUGACCGAGCUGCGCGAGAUCAUCCGCAGAGACGGCGAUGGCGGCCGACAUCCGCCCCAACUCACCAAGCUUAUGACGCGCAAACUAGAGACGUGCGAAAAGACAGUUCGUAAACUCGAGGGAACGCUCAAGGUACUUUCCGUCGAGCUCGUUCCCAUCCAUCAGAAGAUCAUCUCAAUCCGUCGGCAACUGGCAGCAGCAGCAGCCAAGCCCAAACCGGCGCGAGCAGAAAUCAAGCAGUUGCAGGAAGAGCUUCGAAAGAUCGACGCCAAGCGGGUCGAUGGUAAGUUCUUGGGUCCCGGAGGCAGCUCGGUGCCCGCAGGUCAAGCGAUCCUCGUCGGUCUAUUGGAAGAGUGCUUCGAGAUUUGCCACGACAUGACGGUGCGCAACGACGAGGUUCCUAUGACACUGCAGCCCAUUUACGACCGACUUGUCGAGAUCAAGUCACAACUCGAGCAUCUCGUCUUGACACAUCGAUGGACGCUGCGAGAGACGGAUCUUUGGAACUAUCAGGUGACGCUCAAGGAGAUCGACCGACUGCGCGUCAAUGGCAAGUUUGUCGACUCGGAGGGCAAACAGCCCGAGGGACAACUUGUUCUUCUCUACUUGCUUCGAAGAUGCUACGGUCUCAUCUACCGGCUCGUCGCUUCGUCCGAGCCCAUCUCGGAAGAAUUGAUGCCCAUCAGCAACAAGCUAUCUACCGUGUCCAAAUGCCUCAAAGAAGUCUCCAAGUAUGGAGGUCCCUUCACCAUGCGCGAUCUGUAUCCCUACCGCUUGGCACUGCACCAGAUCGAUGGCAUGCGAAGCAAAGUGCUCGACAAGGACGGCAACGACACGGGUGUACGAAAGUGGCUCGGACGCGACGGCAGCGUGCCGGAAGGCCAGGCCAUUCUCCGUGCGCAGUACGAAGAGGUGGAGCAGACGAUCGAGGAGAUGCUCAACCGCGAAGAUGACGAUGAUGAUGACGAAGAGGAAGACAUCUGGGACGGCGACACUGCUUCCAGUGCCAGUGUUUCUGGCACGGAAUCCGCCGCAUCGGAUAGCGAAGACGACGGUGAAGGUCCCUCGGCUGAUAUGGUCCGGCAGGCAUUGUUGGCACGAGGAGGACCCAUGAUCGGCAUGGCACCACCAGAUCAACCAGCCACGCAGCCCAAUUCGGCGGUAGCAUCGCGCCAUGCCAGUACGGCCUCGAGCUUGGCUGGUCGAGACAGCGGAUUUGGCAGCGGAUUCACCUCGAUGACGCCACUCUCGGCUAUGCCAGCUGCAACUCCUGCAGCGCCAACAAGUGGUCACGGCAGCAUUGCUAGCUCCAGCGCUGCGACAUUGCGCGCGGCUGCUACGAAUGAUACCAAUGGAGCUCACAGUGCUGCAGAUCUCGCAGCGGUGACGCCGAUCGCGCCUGCAGCUCCAUCUCCGAAACCAGUUAUUGGCUCUCCUUCGAAGGCAGCAAAGUUGGAAGUGGAUUCGGCUGCGGCGCCCGCCUCUUCUUCCGCAGUGUCGGCCAUGACAAGCCCUAUUCCAGCUGCUGUCGCUUCUCCCACCACAUCGCAGAUCCGACCACAAAAGAUUGGUCGUGAUUUCCGCGACGGCGUCGGCGACUUGACAGGUCUCAGCUCGCGCUCGCCUCCAGUCAACGCAGCCGAUGGCAAGACUUCUUCGCUGAGCGCUCUCGUUCAAGCCAGCUCUACGGCAUCUAUGUCAGCAUCUGGCGGAGCAGAGCUUUUGCCACUGGGAGCUGCCCCACUCGCAGUCCCUACGCUGGGCAUUCUGGAAGAGCAGAAGCGAUCCGGCCCUGGAACGGGCACCCAGAUCGACGCUCUGACUCAAGGGUUCAAGGACACUUCGAUCAACGAUGUGCUGUCGAGCUCCAUCGCUACUGCAGACACUGCGCCGGGCAGCAGCACCCCUUGA